AAAAAAGGGCAAAAAAAAAUCUCGAGUAGAUUAGAUAACUGAGGAAAGGAUACAAAAGAUUUUAGAUUUCCCCAAAAAUAAAAAAUCCAAGUGAGCCUUCUGCUACAAUCUACAUCGUUUCUUCUUAGAAUCUUUGGCCCCAUACUUUUGCAUCACUCGGUUUGCCUUGCCAACUCAAACAAAGGUGAAUCCCUUUUUACUUGUUAAAAAGUAAAAAUUUUAUUGUCGGGCCCCCAUUAUUUACAAUUACUCUCACUUACAGGUCUUGGUUUGGUGGAAGAAGUGAGUCAUUCUUGUUGAUGGGUUUUGAUUUCUGACCCAAAAAUUGGAGCUUGUUUUGUUGAUGGAUUUUGCAGCGCAGAGAUUUCUGGCAGAAGGGUGUGCAUUGGGUUUUCUUGAUGUUUUUUGUUGUUCAUCUGGAAGUUCAAAGGAUUUGACAAAGUCUUCAUUUCGGUUCUGACUUUGAUACUGAUAUAAGGCUACUUUUUUGUUUUUGAAACAUUCUAAAUCUUUUUUGUCUCUGUUUAAUAGGUAUUAAGAAAUUGUGUAGUUGACAAUUAUUUUAUCAGAGGCGAGGUGGUUUCAUUUUCCUGAUUUGUAUGCUGAGUUAUUAUUUUUUCAUAUAGAUAGUCUAAAUUGACUGCAAUUGGGGAUUUUUAUUUGAAGAAUAUAGGAAAAAAGAGCACGUAACUUGGUGCUUUCUUGUUCUUACGUAUCACUUUUUAUUCCUCCACUUUCAUCUGCAUUUUGUCCCAGACAUUGGUUUUACUGGUUGGGUUUCUCGUUUUCUGAUUAAUGGAAAUUCUUUUGGGGGUUAUGUUGCUCUGAAUUGAAAGAGAGUGAGUUUUGAGGCGGCUAGAAAAUGGAUGUUUGGGUUGUUGCUGCAGCAGCUGGUGCUGGGUAUUUAGCUCAGCAUUUGAAGAAUCUUUCGCUGGGUAAACAUUAUUCGUCAGAUUUAUCUUCAGCUAAUGCUAAUUUUGAUAGAUCGGAACCUGUUGAAGACAAGCACUGCUCCUUCCGCAGUGUCUUAGGAAAAAAUAAGCUUGUGAAAGAUGGUUGCAGAGAAGAUACUAAGGUUUCUCAAGAGGCUUCAGCAGCGGAAAUGGCUUCUACAAGUGGGUUUGGAGGUGAAAAUACGGUAGAAUUGGAAAACCUAAUGAUUUGCUCUCCCAAUUCAAAUUUAUUACCGGUGGUUUUGAACAAUGAAGAUGUGCUAGAGGAUUGGGAAGGCAGAGGACAGAACAUUGAUGAGGUUCAUAGUGAUUUAUCAUGUCAACUAUCUGCAAGAGAAAUGAGUUUUUCUUAUGGCGUUGAGAGAAAGAGAAGUAGACUUAGAACUAGACGAACUAACAGACGAUUCAUAAAACCCUUAACAUCUCUUGAAAGUUGUCUCCUGGCUCAGUUAUACAAGGAGCAUUCGGAAAUUGAAGAAUACACCUUUAGUUCAACUCAUUCACCACGCAAACCAACUGUACGACCAUUCGUAGUUACUGAUGGGAGCAGAAUAAUCAGCAGGGCUUGUCAUGAAUCCUUUAAUUCUUCAACUGGAACAGGGAAAUAUAACUUGCACAAAAGUACUUAUUCACAAGAUGGGGAGGUUGUUCUAGGAAUUCCCGGACUACCUAAAUUUGCAUUAAUGAAGUGCCGUAAUAAAGCUAAAACUGGAAAGGAGAAGGUUGCAAGAUCGAGCAAUUCUAGUAGAAUGGUCAAAGGAAAUACCAAUAAUUCUCCUGAAGGAUCAUCUGGUGGAGCUCUUAAUUUCUAUCUUGGACUCUCUGUUGGAAUAAUAUCUUCUUUCUUGGCACAUAAAGGGGAAAUAGAAAAACUGAAUACCUUGUUAAGGCAGACUGAGAACCUGGUUCAAGAUCUGCAGGAAGAACUUGAGAUGAAAGAUUUGUUGACUAUGAAAGAACUCUCUGUAGAAAAUCAUGAAUCACAGGAUAUACACAAUGACUAUUACUACAAAGAGGCAGUGAAUGCAUUAUCCCCAGAACAGAAAGUGGACAACUCAACAGAGUAUUGUCGUGAAGAAUAUGGUGACCAGAACGUGAAGGAAAUAUCCUUGAGUAACAUUGAAUCAGAGCUUGAAGCUGAGCUGAAGAGGCUGGAAUUGAACAUGAGUUCAUCUAAGUUGGAAAAGAAAAUAUCUAAGUUAGCAGAGGUUGACAAAGAUUUCAUAGCAGACGUUGUUGAGGGAGAGUUGAGAGGUGACUUGUUUGACAAACCUUAUGUUGAUCAGGAUGAAAAUGGUUGCUCGACCCCCUGCUCCAUUAACCAUGCGGUCUCCCCAAGAGAGCUGAGUUUGCGGUUACAUGAAGUCAUUCAAUCCCAACUUGAAGAACGUGUCAAGGAGCUCGAGACUGCACUUCAGAACAGUCAGAGGAAGAUGAAAUACGCUGAAUCCAAGAAUGCACCGUGUUGGAGCGAAUUUUCUAACAACGGAGCAGGAUCUUAUGAAGAGGCAUCCACAGACGAGCCUGCGAUUAUAAAUUUAUCGGGGGAAGCUCUAGCUGCAUACAAUGAGGCUUAUGACGAGUUUGUGAAGGUAACCGAGUCGGAUGAAGAGGACACGCCAUCUGGGCUCGAGGAUGGCAAUGAGCAAGAAAUAUUUCAGGAUGGGCAGCAGGUUCAUAAUGGCAGCUCAAACCAUUACACACGACAUUCGUUUGUUAAUGGAAGUCCACCAUUGUUACCGAAUCAUAGAAAAGACAUUGUGUACAGCACAGAUGAGAAUGAAGAUGAUGAAGAAGAGAUCGAGAGGAUGUUGAUAAGGCAAAUUGUAGAGAAAGCUAGGAAAGGCUCUCCUGUAAUUUUAAACGCUCAAAGAGCAUUGUUGUCAACUGAUGAAUACCAACAUUGAAAUAAAAGAAGAAAAGAAAGAGAAUUUCCAGAGAGGAAUUUCUAGCCUAUACUUAUUUUUCUUAA